GAUAUCAUCGAUCUGACCUGUGAGGACACAAGCACAGACCUGACCCCGUUGAGCAGCCUCGUGGUCAUCGACCUGACGGAGGAUACGUGCAGCCCUCCCCACCCCACCAGCUGUGCUGACCAGCUCCCUGGGCAGGCACCAGCUGCCCCAGAAGCACACAUGUUCCAUCCCUGGCUCUGCACCACCACAAAGCAAGAAACGGAUGCAAUGACAGAGCCGAGCCCUGCACCACCCUGGUACAGCACUCCUGUGAAACCCAGUGCCACCACGGACAUGGCAGAAGGCAUGGAGGACUGGAGCUGCCUCUCUUCUGCCUCCAGCUGCCACAGCUCCUGCAGCUCGGAGCAGGACUGCAGCACUACCACUUUUAACAGUGACAUGGGCUCCCUGGCCAGCAUGCAGCUGGACUCCGACCUGUUGUCCCCAUCCCUGUCCCCUUCUCCCCCCAGUCUGGACAGCAACAGCAGCUGGAUUGCUGGUGACCCAGAGGAAGAUCUUCCUCACAUCUUCCAGGAAGAGGACCUCCCCCCAAGGCUAAGCCCUGUCACAGACAUUUCCACAACCCCAGGGAAGGCUCAAGGGCCUUUGCUGGAACAGAAACCUGAGUCCAUUUCCAGUGGGAAGCUGAGCAUGGUGCACACCACCAUGGAGGAAGACUUCUUGGAGGGCACCUUGCAUUUCCUGAAUGAGUUCGUCUCCUGCCAGCACUGUCCCCCCAAAGAAAUCAUCUCCCACCUGAUCAGACAGAUCCUGUUGAACCCCCAUGAAGGGAUGAUCCUGAAGGACACCUACAUGCUGCUGAUGAAGAUUCAAAUGCUCCAUCCAGCCAGCGCCGCCACAGUGGGAUGGGACUGGACACUGCUGAAAUUCACCAUGGAGGACCAGGCUCAUACCCUCUCCAUCUGCCCUCAGGAGAAGCCUCCUGGACAGCUCCUCUUCCUGCAGUAUGUGGUGCAGACCCUGGAGGAUGACUUCCAGCGGAAUCUGAAGUUGCACCUGCUACAGAAGUCAAUUGCCAAGAAAGUACUUUCAUGUGACAUGUGCUUCAACAAUGUCAAGGAAGUGGUUGAAUGGUUGGUUGCAGCCGUUACAGGAGUUCAGUUCUCCCAGCCCCAGGAGCAGCUGCAGGAACCUCUCUCCUCUUCAGCAAGGAUGUUGUCCCUCGCAGUGGAAGUGGACAGGUCUCCCACCUGCAACUCCUGUAAGAUUGCAGAUGCCAUAUUCCCAUUUAUGCUGAAUAUCCCCCUGAGGAGCCAAAGGGAAGCUUUCUUAAACACUAUGGAGAGUCAGCUCCUGCGCUGCAAACUGCUAGAGGUGUUGUUCCUGCACAGUUGUGACAUGCCCACAACCUUGCCCAUGUCUCUGGAAAAGAUCCUGUAUUUCCUGAGCCACUCCUCUAUGUUGCUGCAAUACCAGGUAUCCAGUCCAACCUCUCCUUUGCCUUCAUGGGAUGAGAUGCUGCAGUACUUGAAUUUGCUGUUGAUGAGUUACCAAAGUGUAAUACUGGAGCACCUGAGGAGCGAGCUCAGUGACAGGAUGGAGUUGAUAGUUCAGAGAGCCAAGCCCAAGCUCCAGGACAGCGAUGACAUCAGCCAUCUGGACAUCCAGCUGAAGAUAGAGGACUUCAUCAUCAGAGUGCAAAAGGUCCUGGGGCAGCCAUUCCCCCCACAAAUCCAGGAGAAACUGUGCAUGCUGCAGGAGUUGCUCUCCAUUGCCACUGCUACCUGGAGACAACCACUGCAGGACUGGGGUUAA